CCUUCAAAGUCAGAAAAGAGGGAUUGGUGAUGGAUCAGUUGGAUGCUUUCUUCACUUGUUGUAGGCUUUAGCUGGGUGUGUAAAUGUGCUGUUGACAAAUCCUAUUUGGGUAGUUGUGACACGUAUGCAGACUCAUACAAAAUCGCUAAGAAUGACCAUUCUAAUAGAUUGACAACAACAGCUCCAGAGGAAACAGUUCUUCCUGUCAUUGACCCUCUUUCUUAUGGAACGAGCCAUGUGAUUCAAGAAGUCUAUGAUGAAGCUGGACUUUUGGGCUUCUGGAAAGGUGUAUUCCCAACAUGAUAAUGGUGAGCAAUCCAUCGAUACAAUUUAUGCUGUACGAAACAAUGUUAAAAAAGCUGAAGAAAAGGCGAUCUCUUAACAAGCAGAGCAACAAUGGAGUAACUGCUUUGGAGAUAUUUCUCCUCGGAGCUUUGGCAAAACUUGGAGCUACCGUUGUGACAUAUCCUCUUCUCGUCGUGAAGUCGAGACUUCAAGCAAAACAACUUACAACCGGGGACAAAAGGCAUCGUUACAAAGGGACUCUGGAUGCUAUUAUAAAGAUGAUCCGGUAUGAAGGAUUCGCCCAGUUUUACAAAGGCAUGAGCACGAAAAUCGUACAAAGCGUUCUUGCAGCCGCCGUGUUGUUCAUGGUUAAAGAAGAACUUGUCAAGGGUGUUCGACUGUUGCUUAUUAAAGAUGGCAUUCGUGCCACGAAAUCCAAGUCUCAUUAGUGAAUACUCUCGUGCUCCUUCCCCCACUCAAUUCCCCAACUCCAUUUAUUUCAACAAUUUCUAGUUGGUUAAAAUAUAUAACUUGAAUAUAGCAUAUAAUAACAAUAUAUAAAAACAUUGUUACUCAUUGAAA